AUGGUUUCUCCGCAGGCCUCGCCAGGAGCGCAGGUGCGCGGCGGCCGGGCCCGGACGCACGCGGCUGCCGGCUCCCUCACCCGGCGGCCCUCCCGGUCCCCGCGGGGUCUUCCUCCUCCGGGGUCCCGCGGCCUCUCACCUGCCUGGUGGCCUCAGCGCCGCCCCUCCUCCUCCAUCUCGGAGCCCGGACCCCAGCUUCGCCCGCCGCCCCGGGGGAUGCCGAGCCGGAGGCAUCAUGGCCAUCGCCGCCGCCUCCGCGCAUCCCGGGUGCCGCGGCGAGCCGGGGCGCGGAGGCGCAGUCACGGAGACGCCGAGGGCGCCGCCCCCUCCGCUGGACACUCGGGCUCUGUGCCCCGCCUGCCCCCGCGCCCCGGCCGCCUCGCGGGCCUCGUGGUGUACCCGGGCCGGCAGCUCCCGCCGCCGCGACCUCCGUCCCCCGCGCCGCGCGGUCUCAGGCGCGCCGUUUUGCCGCUCGGGAAGUGGGGGCUCCCUGAGGCUGGCAAGAGUUGA